GAAAUAUUUUACGAUUCCUUGGAAAGGAAAUACAGUUACGUCUACGCCGGAAAAAGGCACGGUGUUGCUGGUUGGUUGACCUCCGUUUGACUCCGUAAAUUGUGGUCAGCUUCUGUGUGCCUUUCCUCCGUCGUCUUCUGCACUAAAAGGAACCAUUUGAUUCCAACACAUAACCCAAAAGGGUAAAGAUGGUGGUGGCUUUGUCAAUGGUCCCCUUUCUGGGAACUGUUCGAUCCCCACCUUCUGUAGCCUUUCUCGCACCUUGCAGACGUCAGAUAAGCAUUCACGGUUCCUCAAUUUCACUUCCAAGAAAUGGGUUCUCUCCGUUCAACACGUUUCUUCAAGCUCGAUCACAGUCUAAUUCUGCAAGUGGACAUGCUGGAGAACAAUCUGAGAUUAUUUUCGUGGGGACAGGAACUAGUGAAGGGAUUCCUCGUGUCAGCUGCCUUACAGAUCCUUUAAAGAAGUGCCCGGUAUGCACAAAAGCUGUGGAACCAGGUAAUAAAAAUAGGAGACGGAAUACAAGCAUCCUUAUUAGUUAUCCUAGGCCUUUGGGAAGAUGUAACAUUCUGAUAGAUGCUGGAAAGUUUUUCUACCACAGUGCUCUUCAAUGGUUUCCUGCCUUUGGGAUAAGAACAAUUGAUGCGGUUAUAAUUACUCAUUCGCAUGCUGAUGCAAUUGGAGGUCUAGAUGAUCUACGUGAUUGGACUAACAAUGUGCAGCCCUACAUCCCAAUCUAUGUUGCAGAGCGUGAUUUUGAGGUGAUGAAGAAGACCCAUUAUUAUUUGGUGGACACAAGUGUGAUUACACCUGGUGCUGCAGUCUCAGACUUGCAAUUUAAUGUCAUACGUGAAGAGCCAUUCAUUGUACAUGAAAUCAAGUUUACCCCUUUACCAGUGUGGCAUGGACGUGAUUAUUGUUCCCUUGGUUUUCGUUUUGGUGAUAUUUGUUAUAUCAGUGAUGUCAGUGAAAUACCUGAAGAAACAUAUCCGCUGUUGGAGGACUGUGAACUCCUCAUUAUGGAUGCUCUGAGACCUGAUAGAUCUUCAGCAACACAUUUUGGACUUCCAAGGGCUUUGGAGGAAGUACGGAAGAUAAAGCCUACAAAAACACUAUUCACUGGUAUGAUGCAUCUGAUGGAUCAUGAAAAGGUGAAUGAAUAUCUUUCCAAACUCAAGGAUACAGAGGGACUUGAUGUGCAACUGAGCUACGAUGGAUUGCGUAUACCGGUCCAACUCUAGCAUCAUGUUAACUUGCAUGUGCCCAUUCUUCUGAUUGAAAACUCAUAUGAUUCUUCAGCAUCAAUUCAAUAUUGUAUUUCAACGCGCUAAAGGUGAUGUUCAUAAGCAUCAUUAACCACAUUCAAUCCAUGUGGUUUACAUUCUUGAAAAAACACAAAGGUUACACAAUCCCCAUUUUUCCCCGUUCUUACUUUCUAGUUUUUCUACCCUUCUGAAAACAAGAUAUGCCUGGUGCUGAAGGUACUUGUAUCGAUAAUAAUCCCCUUUUUGAUACGUUCCGGAGAUGGCCAUGUCCAUUUGUAUGAAGUGUUUUGAGAAAAGGACAAUGUCCUUCAUGUUUUAACCACCACAUCAUUUAGACUUACUUACCUAACCAAAGCUGUAUCUCAAUUAUUUGGCCAAAGCAUAUCAAAUAAACUUUAUUGGAAGAUUGGAUUAUUGGUUUGGGGUUUGAAUUUUUAGACCCUGAAAUCGUCAUGGAAUCAACCAAAGUUUUUGAUAAUGACAAGUUGUGGUUUCAGGUUAGGCAAAAAGUAUAAAAGGGCAGUGCAGAUCAUCCAAAAAGAGUAGAUAGAGAUGGUGGUUUACGGAUUUACAAUCUUUCGUUGGUCCUAGUCACAAGGUUUAGUUCACUUGGUAAGUAUCGAAAUUUCGAUCACGUUUAGGUUUGACUCUUGCUACCAGCAGUUUUCCUGUGAAAUAGAAGAUCUGUAAGUUUUACUUGAGCUAAUGGUAUAUUUUGGUUGGCUUAACCCCCUGUGCCCCCCUCCAAGUUGUCAUCAUUGAGGGUUUUAGCCCCCCAAUAUGCUAUGUCUGUUAUUUAGCUCAUGAACUAUUUGUCACUUAAACUAUUGACCCGAAAGUGAUGGUAGCGAAUCAUGUCCAAUAUUAAUUCGUAACCCAUGCUUACUCAACAUAAUGUCGUUGUUACGUUGGAAUAAAAAUGGUCCAAAUUG